CUCCCCGCUUCCGCCGCGGCCCCGGUUCCUCUUCCUCGGCGGCGAACCCUCCUCCCUCGUCCUGCUGCAGCCCGCAGCGACGAGCCAUCACCCAUGGAGCAGCCGCUCUCCGCCGCUGCCUCCUCGCAGGAUUCGUCCAACCCCGCUGCACAGGAAGAACGGGUAGUGAUAACGAACAAGCAUGGAGAGAAGCUCGUGGGUUUGCUGCAGCACAUGGGUUCGAACAAGAUUGUAGUGCUCUGCCAUGGAUUUACAGCCUCCAAGAAUGAUAGCAUCAUUGUUGAUCUAGCGAAUGCACUUACUAAGCAAGGGGUUGGAAUCUUUCGCUUUGAUUUCAGUGGAAAUGGAGAAAGUGAAGGGGAAUUCCAGUAUGGCAACUACAGAAAGGAGGCUGACGACUUGCAUUCUGUCGUCUCACAUCUUCAUCAGGAGAAAUAUGAUGUCAAGGCAAUUGUUGGUCAUAGCAAAGGAGGAGAUGUGGUGGUUCUGUAUGCUUCCAUCUAUGACGAUGUGCAGAUGGUGGUUAAUCUUUCUGGUCGAUUUUAUUUGGAGAGAGGCAUUGAAGAACGGCUAGGCAAGGAAUUCAUGGAUAUAAUUGACAAAGAGGGUUAUAUUGAUGCCAAAACCAAGUCAGGAAGGGUUUUAUAUAGGGUAACAAAACAGAGCUUGAUGGAACGAUUGAACACUGAUAUGCGUGCAGCAAGCCUUUCCAUUAGCAAAGAAUGCAGAUUCUUCACAGUUCACGGUUCAGCUGAUGAGAUCAUUCCUGUGGAAGAUGCAUACGAAUUUGCGAGGCAUAUACCGAACCACAAGCUGCGUGUCAUCGAGGGAGCAAAUCACUGCUACACUGCUCAUCGUAAGGAACUUUCGGAUGCCGUGGUGGAUUUCAUUGCAUCCAGUGAGUUAAUAAUGCAGGCUGGGGAUAACCCAUCGGCUUAAGACGAAUUGAGCUGUGCUGCAGACUUCUGGAUCACCAUUUCUAAGCUUGCUGAAGUUUCUGUCUUGCUCAUUUCCUCCCCAUCUGGACAAGUCAUUCCAGAAUCCGGACGUGUGCAUUAAUUCAAUGUUGUUUCCUCUUUCUUGGUUUGGAACUGAAAUUGCACAAGUUUGAGGAGAAGUCACCCUAAAAGAACUGCAUACUCAUUGUCCAUGGUUGAAUAAUAAUCUGCAGUGUGGUAAUUGGUAAAAUGCAGAUGGAGUAUGUUGCUUAGUA